GCCCAGGCUCUAAUCGCUGCCCACGCUGCAACAAAUUGGCAAUAGAGACGCGAACGAACGUUUUCGUCGACGCGUGCGUGCUCCCAAGUCCUCUGCUGCCUCAAAGCCUGGGUACCAUUCUGGUGUUACAGCAAGCUGUCCAUUAGCGGUGCGACAUCAUCACUAUGGGACGGCCGAGCGCGCCGCGGCGGACCGAGGCCGAUGCCUUGCGCGAGGAGCUGGCCGCGCUGCGGCGGCGGCUCGCGGCGGCGGAGGCGCGGGAUCGUCAAAUGCCGGAGGCGGUCGCCCUCGCGCGGCCGGUGAUCGCGUCGCCCGUCGUGGGCCACUCCACGGCGCCGCUCGCGACGAUCACGCACGUGCAGGCCGCCGUCCGCGGCAAUCAGGCGCGACAGGACCCGGCGCGGGCGCUCGAGCGGGCCCACUCGGUCCUCGCGCCGGCGGACAUGCUGGCGCGGGCCGACUCGCUCCGCCCAAUCCGUAGCGAGGGCGACGACGUCGAGGCCGCGCGGCCGCCGGAGGCCGCGGCGGAGGCGAGAGCUGCGCAGAAAAAGCUGCAGGCGGACCGCCACGGCUGGGCCAUGGGCACGGCUUUGCUCGUCGUGCUGCUCGAGCUCUUCGCGCUGCUCGACAAUCGCCACUGGGCCGUGGCCACGCUCCGCGAGGCCGGCGACGACGUCGAGCUUUCGUUCGACCUGCACGGCUGGACGGCGGCGGGCCACCACACGGCUGCGGCGCCGACGCCCGCGCCGACGCGGCCGCCGAAGCAGCACCUCGACGACUUGACGCGCCGGUUGACCGUCGGCGACGACUUCAAAGUUUUGGGGCGUGAGCUGGAGCACGCGCCAGCGGAAACGAACGCGACCCGCAGACGAAGCCUCUGGAGCGUGACCUGUCCUGACACACACGAAGACGUGACGGGCGGGGACGCAAACUGGUGGGAGUGCGGCGGCGGCUGCGCGGGCGGCACGUACACGGACGGGACGUGCGGCUGCGCCUGCCAGUGCAAGACGGGCAACCCGGUGCGCCUCGUCUCGAGCGCCGGGCCGUGCUGCGAGCCGGGGGUGUGGUGCGGUGACUAUGAAGGGAGUGUGGAAUACGAGGCCGAGGGCCGCGGCUGCACGCCGUGCCGAAGCGUGUCCAAGGGCGCGUGCCCGCCCGGCACGGACUUCAGUUAUCAGAGGUGUAGCCCCGAGGGCGACUGCACGCUGGGGCAGGAGGCGUGCACUUAUAUGGUUGCCGCGCGCGCGGGCGCCGCCCUGUGCCUCGCGGCGGCCGCCGCCGUUAUCGUGUUGCUGAACCUGAAUCGGCGCGUGUGCCCGGGCCGGUGGUGGACUUUGGAAAGGAACUUCAUGGCCUGCGGCUGGGCGCUCUUCGCCGGCGGCGUCGUCGCCCUGGGCACGGCCAGCAACUUCGUCCACGAGAACAAGCGGCGGUUCCCGGGCGACGGGCUCGGGAACGACGACGAGUGCGGCAGAGGGUGCGCCGAUGCGCAUGCCGGCGGCAUCGUCGCGAUCAUAGCCGGUCUGGCCAUGGUCGCGUCGCAGGGCGCGAGCCCGAAGUUUCCCGAUUGCCUCCUCGCCGUCGGCUAUUUGUCGGUCGUGGCCUUCAUCGUGCUCACGGCCGUCGGAGCGGUGUGGAACUGGCUCGUGGGGCUCUUCACUUAAUAUG